AUGAGAGCCCCAGAGGGGAGAGCCGGGUCAUUUCCUCCCCGGCUAUCUGUACCCUCCCUUCGGGCCUUAAAAACCACAAGCUAGUGGGCAGGAGAGAACUUUGGUCAGCGGGGAGCUCCAGACGCCUAAAUAUGGACUCCAUGGACAAUAGCACCUUUGAGUACAAUUAUGACUCGGAGACUUUGGACCCCAGCAUGACAGUGGAUGGAUUUCCCAAGGUCUCCAAGCUGUACCCUCCAGAUGUGAUUGCCUUGGUACUCUAUGCAGCUGUCUUCCUGGUGGGAGUGCCAGGCAACGCAUUGGUGGUCUGCGUGACUGGGUCUGAGGCCAGACGAACCAUCAAUGCCAUCUGGUUUCUUAACCUGGCGGUGGCUGACCUCCUCUCCUGCCUGGCGUUGCCCAUGAUGUUCACGUCUGUUGUUAUGCACAACCACUGGCCCUUUGGCAACGCUGCCUGCCGCAUCCUGCCCUCUCUCAUCCUGCUCAAUAUGUACGCCAGCAUCUUGCUCCUGGCCACCAUCAGCGCCGACCGCUUUAUGCUGGUGUUUAAUCCCAUCUGGUGCCAGAACUACCGAGGGGCUGGCUUGGCCUGGACGGCGUGUGGUGUGGCCUGGGGCUUGGCCCUGUUGCUGACCAUACCCUCCUUAGUGUUCCGUGCGGUGCACCAACAGUCCUUUCCAUCCAAGUCAAUAUGCGGCGUUGACUAUGGUUCAAAGAAUUCACAGAUAGAGAACACUGUGGCCAGCCUCCGGCUCGUUGUGGGCUUCCUGUUGCCGCUGGUCACGCUUACAGUCUGCUACACCUUCCUUCUGAUCCGAGCCUGGAGCCGCAGCGCCACACGCUCCACCAAGACACUCAAGGUGGUUGUGGCUGUGGUGGCCAGCUUCUUUGUCUUGUGGCUGCCCUAUCAGGUGACAGGGAUGAUAAUGGCCUUGGUUUCCAAGGAUUCGGAAAGCUUUAAAGCCCUGUUUGCUUGGGACCCCCUGUGUGUCGCCAUUGCUUACAUCAACUGCUGCAUCAACCCCAUCAUCUACGUGGUCGCUGCCCAGAGCUUCCAAAUCCGGUUCCUCAAGUCCCUCCCCUCCAAGAUCCGGAACUUGUUGACCGAAGAGUCCACGAGCAGGGACAGCAAGUCCUACACACUCUCCACGGCAGACACCCAAGCCCAGAAGAGCCAGGUGGUAUAAGCAGGACCUUCCAGGCCAUUGUCUGCCCGGAGCUUCACCUUCAUUCCCGUCCAUUCUCUUUCUGCUUAUUUUAAUCCAGCCCUCGGUUUAGGUGGUGGUGUCCCGGGGACCUCUGCUCCACACCGUCCACCGUUCCUGGACUUGUCCUGCAUCUUCGAGGGGAACUCUUCUCAUUUCCAAGACUAACUCUCCCUUCUAGGGACACCCAACCUUUCCUUCCAUCCAAGUACUUUGGAAAACAAACAGAAACCAGCAUACUCCCAUACUGCACUGUUUGUGCUUGAAGAGAGUGUGGCUAGAGGACAUCAGAUGCGGAGGAUACAGACCAGUAGAAACAUCCUAACCUUUAAAGAAUAGCUAUGUAUUUAUUUUUAUGGAGAGCUGGGGGGGAAAAAAACCAAAAUAAUUAGCAUCCCAAGAGUUAUUCUUGUUAGGAUAAAGCAAAAUUACAGGGAUCUAGUUAAGCUUUUGUAAAGGUACUUGAUUUAAAGAACAUUGUUACUUAACUAGCCUUUAAGAAAAGGAUGAAGUAAAAAGAUGUCACGUGGUUAUGGCAGAAGCACUGUGGGGAAGGUUGGCUGAAGGUGAGAUUGGGACACAUCGGUCAGCAGGUCCAAGGGGUGGGGUCAUAGGACAAUUUGACUUUUGACUUUGUAACCUGCUGUGUUGUUUGCACUUUUCAAAAAAAAUUAAACUUUUAACUUAUAUGCUGUUGUACGUAGCAGCAAAGAGGGAGCCUACGGAGCCUUGACCUGUUUCUCUCUAUAGGAACAUGUUGCAAGAUGACAUUACGACAUCACAGUCAGGCUGUUGACAUUGAUGCAGUUGGGGUACAGGACGUUUGCAUCACCACCAGGAUCCUGUGAUUUCUGUUGUAGCCGGCCCCACUUCCUCCAGCCUCCCCAGCCUUGUCCUGAGCCUCUGACACGCCACGAACCUGUUCUCUGUGAUUUUGUCCUUUCAAGGGUUUAUCAAUGGAAUCAUAUAGCCUGUAACCUUUCAACCUAAAAAAAAAACCAUGCAUCACUUGACUCAUGAAAAUAAAAAGUGAUAAACAUU